GUCUGCAGUAUUUGGGAAAUGAGUCACUUUUUGUGUGUGCAUGAAGUUUUAAGCUAGCCAGGCUUUGAGCAGCUCUGAAGAUCUGCAUUUGAUGGCUGGAACGGGGCUGUAAGACAGCCCUCUGGGUUUUGCGUGUGAUACCUUGCCUUAAAUCUCACCUUUUCAUCCCACCCCAGUGUCUCCAGGGUUGUGAGGGGAGCUUGAGCUCCAGAUCUGCACAUCUCCCACAAGGGAGAGGGAAGGGGACGCUUGUCCUCACAGGGCUGGAUGGGCUCUGCACAUUCUGGCAGUCUUACUGUCUCCGUCAGGUUUUUGGGGGUCAAUCCUCAGAAUAGUGUCAUGUAGGUCUUGAGGUUUAUUAGUUCGCUUAUUUGUUGUGCUUCUCUGUGCCGGGGCAGCUGCCUGAGGACCUUCUUUCUGCAUUAGUGCCAGGUCAACUGUCUUUGCUGGUUUUAAGUAAACUUGGGAGUAAUAACGUGAGUUCUGGAAGGCAGUUAACCCCCGGCUUUCCUUGCCGUGCUGCCCCAGCCGUGUUGCCUGUGAAGCCAGCAGCUGGAGACAAAGCUUGUGGUUUAGGGGGAGGCUUUUGCAGCAGCCAGAGGAAGGCAUUUGUUCUGGGUCCUCAUCCGUCUCCGCCAGUGGCUUCCUCUGUGAUCCUGGCCAAGUCACUUCAGUGCAUGACGCCCAUAUCCUCCCAAGUCUGUUAGGCAGUCCUGGCCCAGGGCGUUUUCGCCGGUGGCUGAAGUGCGUGGGUAGUCUGAGAAGGGCAGGAGCUGCUUUGGAGGACUGGAUUCAGGCUCUUUCCAGGUUCCUGAGCAGAGUGGCAGCAGAUGUUUGCGUGUAAGUCAUACCUGUUAACAAGGUUCUGGAAAUAUGGCAUUGGUCUUGGAUGCUGCACUGUCCGGGAAUUCGAUCUUGGCAGGGGAAGAGUUAUCUCUGAAAGAAGUGGUGAGAAAAUUUUCGCUUGACAUCCCUUCCCCACCUGCCUUUAAGUUCCUGAGUCAUGGAAAUGAAAAUCUCCUUGGCAUACGCCCAUGGUUUGGGCUAGAGGGUGUGGAAGAAGCUAUGAUUGGAUUUUCAAAGCCUGUGGUUGUGAUAAGAACGUACUGUACCGGAAGAAACAAAUGUUAACCUUACUGGAGAGUAGAAGGUUUGAAAGAAACUUGUGGACUGUGAAUUGAGGCAUUGGACUCAAGAUGGCCUCGCCAGCAGACAGCUGCAUCCAGUUCACCCGCCAUGCGAGCGAUGUUCUCCUCAAUCUCAACCGCCUUAGAAGCCGGGAUAUCCUAACCGAUGUCGUCAUCAUCGUGAACCGGGAGCAGUUCAGAGCCCACAAAACAGUCCUGAUGGCCUGCAGUGGCCUCUUCUACAGCAUCUUCACUGACCAGCUCAAGUGCAACUUGAAUGUCAUCAACCUGGACCCUGAAAUUAACCCUGAGGGGUUUUGCAUUCUCUUGGACUUCAUGUAUACAUCCCGCCUGAACUUGAGGGAGAACAAUAUCAUGGCUGUGAUGGCCACAGCACUGUACCUGCAGAUGGAGCAUGUGGUUGAUACCUGCCGAAGGUUUGUCAAGUCUAGUGAAGCGGAGAUGGUGUCUGCUGUGAAGACCCCAAGGGAAGAGUUUUUGGCUGGACGGAUACUGAGCCACCCAGAGGUGAUGGCUUAUCGGAGCAGAGAUGUCUCGGAGAACGGCAUGCCUCUCCAAAAUGGGUCCCUCUGCAAUGGGAGGGCCUUUGCACCUGGCUUGAUCAAUAGUUUGUCUGGAUCCCCCAUUUCCUACCAUGGAUACAGCCCUCUCCCUCUAAAUAGCUUCAUUGUGGAUGAUGAGUUGCGGGAGAUGAGGAUGCCUCUCUCCGAACUCUCAAGGGCGGGUGCCUUCCCCAAGGAGAGGAUCCUGCCAUGUGACAGCUCCAGGACAAUCCCCACUGAGUACAUGAGAACCAUUACCGACAUCUCGGCCAACAUGUGCCACGCUACCAUCUAUGCUCCGAAAGAAGGUGCUGCUGAAGAAGCCAGGAGCGACAUGCACUACAGCGUAGCCUCUGGCCCCAAACCUGUCAUCCCUUCAAUCCGGAACAAUCCCUAUUUCUCUUGUGACAAAGUGGCCAAAGAGGAGGAGCGGACCUCUUCAGAGGAUGAGAUCAGCCAGCACUUUGAGCCCACCAACACCCCCCUGGACCGCAAGGGACUCAUCAGCCCUCAGAGCCCCCAGAAGUCAGACUGUCAGCCCAACUCGCCAACCGAGUCCAGCAGCAGCAAGAAUGCCCGUAUCAGUCAGAGCUCCAGCUCCCUCUUCACUAAGAGCCCCACAGACCCCAAAGCCUGCAACUGGAAGAAGUACAAGUUCAUUGUCCUCAACUCUCUCAAUCAGAGCACCAAGCAAGAUAGUGCUGACCAGAACGAGAUGGGAACCCUCUCUCCUCGCACCUACAUGCCCAUGUCCACUUGCCAGCAGUCCAUGGAGCCAGAGCAUCUCAAUGUGCAGUCCCCCACCAAGAUGAGCGUGAAUGGAGAAGACUCUACUAUCCCACAAGCGAGCAGACUCAACAAUAUUGUUAACAGGUCCCGGGAUGGGUCCCCUCGGAGCAGCGAAGGGCAGUCUCCACUGUACAUGCAUUCGUCGAAGUGCAGCUCCUGUGGCUGCCAGUCCCCGCAACAUGCUGAGAUGUGCCUUCAUACCCCUGGCUCAAACUUUGGAGAGGAGAUGGGGGAAACCCAGUCUGAAUACUCUGACUCCAGCUGCGAGAACGGAGCCUUCUUCUGCAACGAGUGCGACUGCCGAUUCUCCGAGGAGGCCUCUCUCAAGAGACACUCUCUGCAAGUCCACAGUGACAAGCCCUACAAGUGUGACCGCUGCCAGGCCUCCUUCCGCUACAAGGGGAACCUUGCCAGCCACAAAACCGUCCACACAGGAGAAAAGCCGUACCGCUGCAACAUCUGCGGAGCACAGUUCAACCGGCCGGCCAACCUGAAAACCCACACGCGCAUCCACUCCGGAGAGAAACCCUACAAGUGCGAGACCUGUGGGGCCAGAUUUGUCCAGGUGGCCCACCUCCGUGCUCACGUGCUCAUUCACACUGGUGAGAAGCCGUACCCCUGUGAGAUCUGCGGCACACGCUUCCGGCACCUGCAGACCCUCAAAAGUCACCUUCGAAUCCACACGGGAGAGAAACCGUAUCAUUGUGAGAAGUGCAACCUGCAUUUCCGCCACAAAAGCCAGCUGCGGCUUCACCUCCGGCAGAAGCACGGGGCCAUCACCAACACCAAGGUGCAGUACCGCAUCUCGGCGAGCGAGGUGCCUCCGGAGCUCCCCAAGGCCUGCUGAAGGCAGAGGAUUUCCCAGGAGGAGGUCAUCUUGGCAGGGGGGGAGAAGCUGUCCAAAGGAUACUUGUAACACUUUAACAGAAAAAGGAAAAACAAACAAAAAAAAAAAAACCAACCAAACAAAAAAGAACUCAUCAUAUGAUGGAGUGCCUCUAAACCCAUAGUGCAGAUAGGUGGAAAAACAUUAGAAAUUAAAAAAAAAAAAAAAAAAUUACAAAUACACGGGUUUUAUUUUUCCCAGUUAUGUGAAA